GUGUCAGGAAGAGGAAGAGCGCGGCCCGCGGCAGUGCGCGGCGCGCAGCGAGCAGGGGCCGGGCCGAGGCGAGCGCCGCGCGGGCCACCAUGGCCACGGACGAGCUGGCCACCAAGCUGAGCCGGCGGCUGCAGAUGGAGGGCGAGGGCGGCGGCGAGGCCGCGGAGCAGCCCGGCUUCAACGGCGCGGCGGGGGCGGCGGCACCCGACGAGGUGGCCGAGGCGCUGGGCAGCGCGGACGGCGAGCUGAGCGCCAAGCUGCUGCGGCGCGCAGACCUCAACCAGGGCAUCGGCGAGCCCCAGUCGCCCAGCCGCCGCGUCUUCAACCCCUACACCGAGUUCAAGGAGUUCUCCAGGAAGCAGAUCAAGGACAUGGAGAAGAUGUUCAAGCAGUAUGACGCUGGACGGGAUGGCUUCAUUGACCUGAUGGAACUGAAGCUCAUGAUGGAGAAACUCGGGGCCCCCCAGACACACCUGGGCCUAAAAAACAUGAUCAAAGAGGUGGAUGAGGACUUGGACAGCAAGCUCAGCUUCCGGGAGUUCCUCCUGAUCUUCCACAAAGCAGCUGCUGGGGAGCUGCAGGAGGACAGCGGGCUGCACGUGCUGGCCCGCCUCUCCGAGAUUGACGUCUCCACCGAGGGCGUCAAGGGUGCCAAGAGCUUCUUCGAGGCCAAGGUGCAGGCCAUCAACGUAUCCAGCCGCUUCGAGGAGGAGAUCAAGGCAGAGCAGGAGGAAAGGAAGAAGCAGGCAGAAGAGAUGAAGCAGCGGAAAGCGGCCUUCAAGGAGCUGCAGUCCACCUUCAAGUAGCCAGGGUCAAGGCCGAUCACAGCCUGCCCCAGUGCGCGGUGGGCACAUGGGAGGCCAAGCCUGGGUCCUGGCCUCUGUCUAACGAGACCACUACUAAAAAUUUAAAUUUUCUGUGAACAGAGCUCAGCGAGAGGUCUCACAAGUGGCCUGGCCACCCAGCGCUCUGUCCCACUGUUCCUGGGGCUGCGUCACCAGCCACCAGCGCAGGCCCCUGCCUGGCCAGCCCUCCCUUGGCAAUCCCUGGUUCUCGCACCCUGGCUGCCCUUGCUCUAGCCCAACUCCUGGCUUUCUGUCCCUCCCUGUCCUGUAUGCCAACCCCUCCUCACACAGCCCCCUGUCCCCAUCACCUGCCCUUAACCAGCAGGCUGUCUCCCUUGGGGAGAAUUGGAGCUGCCACUAGACAGUGGGACCCAAGGUGUCUCUGGGAGGCAUGAGGCCUCCCCAGGACCUUUUCCUUGUGCUCCACCCCACCCCACCGCAUCACCCUGUUGGGAGUGGCUUCUGCCUUGGUGAAGGGACCCAGGCUAGUGUGGAGACAGGGCCCCGCCAGGCAGGGCUGCUGUGCCAAUCUACCUCACGGGCCCGCACUCUGCCAGGUGUGCCAUGGAGCUGUGGGCGGGAAGACUGGGGAACAGAAACCCUAGCACCACCCAGAACCAGAUGAGGGUCUCAGAGGGCUGUGGUCCCAGAGAAGGGCGGGGAGGAGGAUUCUUGGGGAGGGAACCAGCAUUCUGCCUUGAUUCCCCAGGGGGCAUUUGGGAAGAGGUCAAAGGUGAGUUUCCAUGCACUGGCUGUGGGGUGCAGGGCCUGGCCCCAAUCCCCCUUUCACACUGUCCUUCCCUGGAUAAUGUUCCUGCUUUGUCACCAGCGAUGGUACCUGCCUGUCGUGCCCACCCCUUCCUAGGGAAGCAUGGGAACCCCUGUGCCCAUCACGAGGUGGGCCUUGGUGAAGCCUAUGCCUCUAGCCGGUUUUUCCCCAGCUCCCACGUGCUUGCCCGUGUGUGUGUAUGUGUGUGCCCGUUGCUGUGUCGUGAAACUGUGACUGUCACCCAGUCCAAACAAGUGAAUGGCUAUCAAGGCCACAGUUAUGCAACUUUCAGUGUGUGUCGUGACAGUGUCACUGCUUUGUAAACUCAAUAACUCUUUAUUUUAGCACAGUGCUCCGGCAGCCCACGCUGCUCCCGUGGGGCUUGCAGAGGCAGAGGGUUUAUUUUUUUGACCUUAGAACCUGGGAAGUAGAAGGCGCCCAGCCCCAUGCAGCAGCCUUGGUCCUGGAUUGCAUUUGCCUUAGUGGAUAUGUUUAUACAGAUAAAUAUAAAAUGUUCUUUUUCUUUUGGCUUUUUGCAUUUUCUUUCCUACCUUCUCACCCUGCCCCACCCCACGCCCCAAAAAAAGCUACUUCUUCAUU